CUCAAACGACGUGGACGGGAGGUAGUCAGCGUCAUUGGCGCAAACGCCAUGGCGUUGUCGUGGGUGGUCUCUCUUCCGUUCGGUUUGUGCUGGUGUGCGUACCUGCACAUGCCAGCCGUGUUGUACAUUUACGUGGUCAACAUGCACGUCGCCCCGAUCAAGUACUGUCAGCCGUACCUGGUGGCGUCGACAGGACUCUUCUGCACGCUGUUCUGCUUGACCGCGCCCCUCGUUCGCAUCUUUUCGCCCGAGGAGCUAUCGGCGCUCCACGUCAUAUGUGGCUACAUCUUUCCAGUCUUUGCAGGGAUAUCGUACGUGCUGAGCGCGGUGGCCGCUACUAUCAUGUUCAAAAUCACCGACCUGGUCGUGAACCAGACGCAUUUUACACCCGACCAAGUCGCCCGGCUCACGCUUUACCGGUGGCUGCUGUACCCGAAGGUGCAGCUACGGGCCGUUGCUGGUUUUGGCUCGAUCUUGAUCGUGCCAUGCUGCGUCGUCCUUGGCUUUACACACAAUGAAGUUUCCGAGAGGAAACAGCUGAAUAUGAUCUUGCUGGCAUGGACAGGUGUGACUGGGGUGGUCGGGUCGGUGCUCAGUCUUUGGAUGGCCAGGCACAUGCCGCCCUACAUGGACAACUUGGGCUUUCAAUCCAAGUAUCGGCGAACAAAUCGCACGACCAUGUUCCUCGUCGUCGUGGGUUUGGUCCAUGGUGGCCUCGAGUUGGUGCUGGCCAUGCCUCUCGGCCAAGAAUUCCAUGUUCGCAACAUCCUGUUCACCCUCAUGGUGCAGUAUGUGUUUUACUUCAACAUUACCGUGCCGCUGCGGCACCUGGCAACGUCCGUUCAAACGAGCGCGCCGCCGUCGCGGCUCGCCACCAUCACGUUCAAGAAACGCCACUUCCAUGUCGACGAUCUCGAUCACUAUUUGCAAUCGCGCCAGGGCCAGUCGACGUUUCUCGCGUUCUGCCAGCGCGAUUUUCGCACCGAAGAAAUUCGAGCUUGGCAACUUGUCGAGCAAUUCAAGCAACGACUUGUGUCGCCGCAAACGUUGGUCGCGACGUGCUUGUCACCGCAAUGCGCGUUGGCAUGUCCGACUUCGACGGUAUGGGGACCGAUUUACGUGGCUAGGCUCGAGAGCUGGUUGCGGCAAGACGCGGAUAUUGUCGGGAACGUCAUGCCCACGUCGUUCUUUGACGAGUUUCAGGUGGCGCUGCUCGUGGCGCUGUGCGAAGACGUGUGGCCACGAUUCAAGCGACAAUCGAUGGAGUGGACGAAUUUCUAUAGCCGACAACGAAACCUGGAAGGAAUGGACAGGGUGCUUCGCAUGGUGAUCAAAAAAUCCUCGUCGCGCCUCCGGCCUUCCCGCCCCCCUCCGACUCUUUCAGCCCCUCGAUAGACCCUGCAAUCGCCAAUGCGACGACUUGUGGGGAAAUAGCAGGCGAACAGUCCCCUCGUGUGACUAGUGCGUGCGAUUCCACCGAGUCUGUCCCGGUCUGCAUGACACUGACGUCGUCACGCACGGCUCUUGACACUAACCUUGGUCGACUCCUGCGAAGGACCAAGUGCCGGCUACUCUAGUCAAAGCAAUCAUGCGCUCUGGGUUGUCGACAGGGCUGCACACUCCGCC